CUACAAACCAGGACUAUAAACAUAAACAUGUGUCACUGUAACUGGGCAGAGGCAGCUGACAUGGUCAACAUAUUUAUCAAAGGAACCCCCUGGCUUUUGAAGAACAGUACUUUAUACAUCUGGAUCUGCACAUCCAGGCAAAGCUUAGAAAUAUCCGUUUAUUCUUUUAAACACACGGAUGUGUCUAUUUUUGGAAGAACAAGGAAACAUAUAAAUGCCUGGGCUGCAUUCAUGCUGUAGUUCCAAACACCGAACAGUUAAGAAGAUUUUGCCGAAUUUUGCAAAGCAGCCAACAAACUGCCUUGGGAUCGUGGUGAUGCGACUGGGAAGACCUUUGCUCUCAUUUGGCAAUAUUUUGGAUAUCCUUGAAAAUGACACCAAAAUAUGCUUUAAUUUGACUAAGAAGAGGUUAAACAAUAUUGAUAUUCAUCCAAAGUGAUUUAAAAAAAAAAAAAAAAGCAGAUGCUUGGCUUUCAUGGAAAAAAUGGGAGUUGUGGAAGAUUCAUUUAAACUACUAACCAAAAGCAUCACAGACCACUGAAAUAGUCUGCAUCAUACAUCAGCACUUUCUUUUCAUCGUUAUUACGUAAAACCUCUGGAAGCACCUUGGGCGGUUUACCUUUUCUUUUCUUUGCUACAGAAGCAAUCUGCUCCAUGGAAUUCUGACCUGUUGUGAACAGGACCCCGGCUAAGGCUGUGCUGGGGACUCUAGGACCAUCCUGCCUCCAAUCCAGCCUGCUUAAUUGUGAAAAGUGUACACAUUUCUGGCUUAUCUAUGCUUUGUUAUGGGUCUGACGUGAAACUACCUCCUCCCCACUCCACCCCCCAGCAGAGAACCAAAAUUCAGUUGAAUUGUUACAGUGUUUCGGAGCUGGAGCCUUGAACUGCUUCAUUGGUCAAAUAACUUUGUUUCUGGUUGUAAAAAGGCAUUUUGGGGGGUGGGGGAAACAAGGAAAAUCGAAAGAAAAUCAAAACGUAAGUCUGUACUGGGAUGGUUCACCGCGCGGAUUUAACUUUGGAGCUCCCAGCCGGGCUCCCCCACUCCCAUAAGGGAAAUACCAGGCUGUUCUGCACGUUUCGCUUAAGCUCCAUUUUCCAAAGGAAAAGGGGGGUGGGAUAUAUCUAUUUAGGCUUGAUAAUGUUUUAAAAAUGCUUUUCUUUGAAAUGAUAAUAGCUAUAGCGGUAAAAUUCAAAUAAAGCAAAAAAUAGGCAAUAUUCCUUUAAAGGCGAAUAUACAAGGCUUUUUUUUUUUUUUUUUUUAAGCGUACACACACUGCUUCUGAUGAAGUCUGUGAGUCAGGCUGUUUCUGAGCUCCGAUAGUUUAAUGGAAAGAUUUAUAUACCGACUGUAUUAUUUACUUUGGGAGGGGAGGUGGCAGUAUAAGGGUAUGCUAAUUAGUGGGAGAUUUUGGGGGGAAGGGGUGGAAUAUCAAUUUUUAUUGCAUCACCUGUCAGGAGUGUCCAAUCAGCGCUGGCUUUAGGGGAAUUAAUUGAUGAAGGUGUCUCCGGACGAGCUCACUUCACUCUGUCAUUUUAUUUGUAGCUAAAGCAGCGGCGGGAAUAGCAGCUGCAUGUCUUUUCUCUUUCUCCUUCACAUUCCAUUAUCAUAGUGCUCCAAUGGAGAAGGAAGGAAUAGAGGGGCCCAGGUACUGAUCUGCAGCGAGGACUUAGACCAACACACUGGCAAAGCAGAAACCGGAUGGUUUUUCCCCUCUUUUUUAAAAAAACGAAAACCAAAAAAAAAAGCAAGAAUCAAGUCAGUGUAAUUUCAUAGUUGUUUUUUUUUUUUCUUUUCUUUUCCCCAAUAAUUUCGCCUAGAGUUUGGCACUCCCUUCGCCGGGAAUAACAGUCUUUGUUAUUUUAUUAGCAGGAUGCCUUGAGACACACGCAGCAUCUGGUGGAGGAUUAACAUACAUACAUGUGUAUGUAUGCGUCACGUAUAUAUUUACUGCAAAUGGUGGGGAUCGUUUAGUGCCCGACAUGGGAGACCUGAAGUCAGGUUUUGAAGAGGUGGAUGGCGUGAGGCUCGGCUACCUCAUCAUUAAAGGAAAGCAAAUGUUUGCCCUCUCCCAAGUCUUCACGGAUCUGCUGAAAAACAUCCCGAGGACGACCGUGCACAAGCGCAUGGAUCAUCUGAAAGUGAAAAAGCACCACUGCGAUCUGGAGGAGUUGCGAAAACUCAAGGCAAUCAACAGCAUCGCCUUCCACGCCGCCAAAUGCACGCUCAUCUCCCGGGAAGACGUGGAAGCGCUCUACACCUCCUGCAAAACUGAGCGCGUCCUCAAGACCAAGCGCAGGAGGGUCGGCCGGGCCCUGGCCACAAAGGCGCCGCCGCCAGGGCGCGCCGCCGCCGCCGCCGCCGCCGGCCCCCGCCCGGCUUUCUGGAAGGACAAGCACCAACUUUGGCGGGGCCUGAGCGGAGCCGCGCGGCCCCUGCCAAUCAGCGCGCAGUCCCCGCGCCCGGGCGCCGCCGCCGCCGCCGCCGCGCGCCCAGCCGCCCAUCUACCUCAGAUUUUUAGCAAAUACCCGGGCUCGCACUACCCGGAAUUCGUGCGCUCGCCUUGCAAACCCCCUCUAAACUAUGAAACUGCCCCGCUCCAGGGAAACUACGUCGCUUUCCACUCGGACCCUGCUUAUUUUCGGAGCCUGCUGUGCAGCAAGCACCCGGCCGCCGCCGCCGCUGCCGCCGCCGCCGCCGCCGCUGCCGCCGCCGCCGCCGCCUACUACCAGGCGUCGGCGGCCGGGCCCCAGCCCAAGGCUGCAGCGGCGACGGCGGGCGCCGGAGGCCCGGUGAGCCUGACCUACCGGUGCAAGCGCAAGCGCGGGGGCGCCAAGGACUGCCUGCUCGCGCCGCACGCCGGCGCCCGCCGUCUGCUGCUGUUGCCCAGGUCCUACAAAGCCAAGGCGGCGGCGGCGGCGGCGGCGGCAGCGGCGGCGGCGGCGGCGGCGGCGGCCGCCGGGGCCACUUGCCUGGAAAGGUUUCAUCUGGUGAACGGCUUCUGCCCGCCUCCCCACCACCACCACCACCACCAUCACCAUCACCACCACCACCAUCACCACCACCACCGGGCCCAGCUGCCGCAGCCGAAUCACCAUCCCCCUCAUCACCACCGGCCGCAGCCCCAUCUGGGCAGCUUUCCCGAGAGUUGCAGCAGCGACUCCGAGUCCAGCUCCUACUCGGACCAUGCCGCCAACGACUCGGAUUUUGGCUCCAGUGUGUCCAGCUCCAGCAACUCUGUGUCCUCGGAGGAAGAGGAGGAGGAGGGAGAGGAGGAGGAAGAGGAGGAGGAAGAGGAGGAGGGGGGCAGUGGGGCCUCGGAUUCCAGUGAAGUCAGCUCGGAGGAGGAGGAGGAGGACUCGUCCACGGAGUCGGACUCUAGCUCCGGCUCCAGCCAAGUGUCAGUGCAGAGCAUCCGUUUCAGGCGCACCAGCUUCUGCAAGCCUCCCAGCGUGCAGGCGCAGGCCAACUUCUUGUACCAUCUGGCCUCCGCCGCCGCUGCAACCAAACCCGCUGCUUUCGAGGAUGCCGGCAGACUUCCCGAUCUCAAGAGUAGUGUCAAAGCGGAGUCGCCCGAGGAGUGGAAUCGGCAGAGCUGGGCCCCCAAAGCGUCUCCGGUGUACUGCCCGGCCAGCCUGGGGAGUUGUUUCACAGAGAUAAGGAACGAUAGGGUAUCUGAGAUUACAUUCCCACAAUCUGAAAUUUCCAGUAUUGUAAAGAGAACUGACCUGACAAUUAACUGCCUGGCGGAGGGGGCCUCUUCACCUAGCCCAAAGACAAACAAUGCAUUUCCACAACAAAGAAUACUCCGAGAGGCUAGGAAAUGCCUACAAGCAACUCCUACUACACACUGUGCAGAUAACAACACAAUAGCUGCUAGGUUCUUAAAUAAUGAUUCUUCGGGAGCAGCAACAAAUUCAGAAAAAGAUUCCAAAAUCCCUCAUUGUACUGAAUUUGCUACGGAUUUGCCCUCUUCUUCACCAACUUAUCCCGAGGUGGAUACAGCCGCAGCAACAACUAAAGCCGAGAAUGCCUGUACUGAUACCGGCGACAGGACAUUGCCGUUUCUGCACAAUAUUAAAAUCAAAGUAGAAGACAGUAGUGCUAAUGAAGAAUAUGAACCUGACCUUAUUACAAAUAAGCUAAAGUGCGAGUGCAAUGAUACAAAGGGUGAGUUUUACAGUGUGACUGAAAGUAAAGAGGAGGACGCCUUGUUAACUACAGCCAAGGAAGGUUUUGCAUGCCCUGAAAAAGAAACUCCUUCCUUAAAUCCACUGGCUCAGAGUCAGGGCCUUUCAUGCACUUUAGGUUCUCCAAAACCUGAGGAUGGGGAAUAUAAAUUUGGUGCCAGGGUGAGGAAAAAUUACCGGACACUAGUACUGGGAAAGCGACCUGUACUUCAGACACCUCCAGUCAAACCAAAUCUGAAAUCAGCUAGAAGUCCUCGUCCUACAGGUAAAACUGAGACACAUGAAGGAACACUGGAUGAUUUUACAGUUAUAAACAGACGCAAAAAGGUAGCCAGCAAUGUAGCAUCAGCAGUGAAAAGGCCAUUUAAUUUCAUGGCAAAUUUUCCUUGUCCACCAUCACUCAUUAUUGGGAAGGAUGGGGAUUUGUGGCCGGCGUAUUCCUUAAACACCACUAAGGAUUCCCAACCUCCUCACAAGGCCCAUCCUAUAUGGAAAUGGCAGCUGGGCGGUUCUGCAAUACCUCUUCCACCUAGUCACAAAUUCAGGAAAUUUAAUUCAUAAAAGCGUUUUUGGAAGAUAUUUUCUUGAACCAUACCUUCCUUUUGUUGUAAACUGCACAGGAUGGUUUGUACAAGUCCAUUAAUGUGUUACACCUCUUUUGGAGUCCUGGUUUAUCGCAUUUUGAAGACAGAAAUCGGAUUACUUUUUUUUUUCCAUUGCGGGGUUGGUUUUUUUUUUUUGGAGUAGGGUGGGGGAGGGGUGGGAGAAGGGUUGGUUUACAUUCCACAGACUAUACUUCAGGCUAAAGACUCAAGUAAACUCAGUUAUUACGGUAGAGCUGGAACACUUUACUGUUUCAAUGCUAAUAAUGCACCCGGUACCUCAAUUCAACUGCUACAAAUAAAUGUCAAAAGGUUGAAUAAUAAAUAUUACAAUGAGCCAUUAAGUUUAUGCACUAGAUUUCAGACCUAAAAGUGUAACUGUUAAUUCAGUGAAAGUUUGUUAGGUUGGUUACAUGGUUACACAGUGAGGUAGCAAGAAGUUUCUUGUGGGGUAUCUUUUUCUUUUUCUCCCCUCAUUUCCUCUUCAAGAGUAGUUGCACUUUUUUUUUUUUGAUUGGAAAUAUUGGGGAGUCCUGAAUGAAUGCUGGUAACAGCUACUUCACAUAUAUCGAGUAAAGUAAAUAUAAUAUUGUCUUUUUUCUUUUUCUUUUUUUUUUUUUGUAAAGGGUGUAAUUUUACUUUUACGCCACUCCUUGCAAUUGGAAAAGUCCUUUUUGCGUCCUCACCCAGAAUUUUAAAUGAGGUGACUCUUACUAUUGUCCUGCUUACCUUGUGGUCUGAACAUGACUCCUCAGAGUUGCAAAACAAUUAAAAUAUUUCUCAUAAUAGCAGGAUAGUUUAUGGUCUGACUCUUUAUAGUGACAGAGCAGUAAAAAAGCAACCAAGAAAAGGAAAAUGGGUCAGAAUUGUUCGAAUACCCCAAAUGAAAAAUAACAGUUAUUUCAGGGCUUUUUGGUACCAGAACUCAGGCACUUGGAUUUUAUUAUCUUUUACUUUCUCUGCAUCUCUCUAAACUUCUGUUUUCAGACCAUCCUGUGUAUAGAGCAGGAGAGUUUCUACUGCAAGUGACAAUCAGAGGUGACUAUCUAUAUUUGCACUUAAAAUCAAAGUAGUUCAACAUGCAAAUGGUUAGAGUCUAGCCCUUGGUAAGGGCCAUGCUGGUGUACUAUGUUGUGAUGAUGGAAGCAGUAAAUCAAAAUUAUGGAAAUUUGCACUGUUGAAAAGCAUGCUUUAGCUUUAUUUUCAAUUAAAAACACUGUUUAAAAUUCCUGGUUCCAUACAUUUCUACUUAUUCCAGAUUGAAGAACAGUUAACAGGAAUGAAUGGUUUUGUUGACAUUUUCACUUGUAAUGUUUUUGCCUGAAAGAAAUGCAUUUAUUGGGUGUAGUGUUUUGUUGUAAUACCAUGUGACGAGGCCAGUCAGGUUCUGUGCAGACCACUGGUGGGUUUCUUCCUAAAUAACAACAAAACUUCACAAACUUAUUACAAAUCAAGUGCAAAAAGUUUCAGGUUGAAGAAAGUGAAGCAGAGAUCACUUGCUAUUUUGAUGAAAGUUAAAUUUAAUAAUUUUGGGUCCACCUCCCCUAGUCUGACAAAUUAUAGAUCUCAGAUCUUUGCCAUCUUAAACCUAAGAAGUUGCAUCUAUAGAUCAUAAAUCACAGAAUGAAACAAAACAUCAAUGAAAUGUUUACUGUGUGAAUUGAAGUCACUAUUUCUCAUGGAAAUUCAGUCUUUUUCCACCCCCCCCCCAACCUUUUAAUUCCUACUCCCUUUGAAAUUUUCCUUUUGUCUAUAAAUGUUUCAGAUAGAUCUGGAUGGUCUCAGCCCUAAUUGCUGUAUAUGCUCUGUGGUUUUACUCUUUAUUGUAAAGGACAGAGGCUGAGAGUACCUGCAUCCAAAUACAUUUGGAUGGAGUAAACAGAUGCUUUGAACUGCCUCCCUUCCUUUCCUUCUUGAAUGUUGCCAGAUGUAGGUUCACUGGAUCUUUUUUUUAUUUGGAUGAUAGAUAUGGUCAAAGUAAAAAUUGGGGGAUGUUAUCCUUGAAAUCAUAUUUGUGUGUAAUUUCAAAGACCAGUACAAGUUACAGCUAAAGCCCCAGAAAGCUGAGCCAUUGGCUUCUCAGUCAGUUCUUGCCUCUUUGGAAGGCAGCAGAAUUUGGGUGCAGUCAGUUAUCCUGCAAAAUCAAUCUGUAAAAAGUGUGACACACACACACUGGAAGUCUGUAAUUUCUACUCUUUAAUUACUGCUAAGUCAAGAAAGUUUCGAGUAUGACUGCAUUUAGACUAGUACUUUUCUUAUUGGCUGUGGAAUCAUUGUGCCUAAAUUAUAAAUUGAAAGUAUAUUUGAAACCUAUAGAUCUUGGGUGUGGGAGGACUGCGAGCUGGAAUAAGCACAAUAAGCACAAUUUAAAACAAAUAUACCCUAUGGAAUCUCUGACAUAAAAUAUCAGCCUCCAGCUUUGACACUUGGUCUCCAACCCUCAGAGAAUCAAUAGUUUCAGUUUAUAGGAACUGGAGAAUGAGCAGCAGGGAGGCCGAGGCAUUCCAGAGUGAUACCAUCAAAAAGGAAGAAAUGAAAUAGUCCACACAAAUUUCUCCCCACAGUACCACCACAAGCCAGCCAAUCACAGCAAAACCUCAGUUGGGGCUUCUGUUAGGAGAGUGUACCAAAUAGUAUUCAGUAACUUGUAAAUGCAAAUUCUUCCAUUUUGAGGAGCCUCUUAGCUGUUUUCCUAUUCUGCUGUAUUCCUAGUACAGUUUAUUUCAUUUUGGUUGGUUUAUGAUUGAUGACAAGAUCUAGAUUUUCUAAGAUGCUAUAAAUGUCCUAUUUGUUCAAAAACUUAAGACUUAUAGAGAGAAAAACAAAAGUUAUCUCCAUUGAUAGACUGCAUUUUUUACAUUUAAAUGUUUUCAGGUGAGAGGUGUUUUUUUGCUUGUUUGUUUAAAACACUAUAUGGUUCCAGGGUCACUGAUUCCUGUGUCUAAGACUCAACACUUACAGGCAUAAGAAAAAAAAAUGAAGGAAAGGGCUCUUUUUCUGACUUUUUUGUGGAAACAAGUUAUUUUUGGUCUCCUGUAAAAGUAGUUUCCUGAUAAGACUGUGAAAUGAAGAUUUAAUUAUUUUUUUAAGAGAUGUGUGUACUCUUGUCUUCCACAGUCAGGUUAUCUGCCUUUUUAGCAAAUGCAGUUUGCUUUUUCUCAACUAUUUACUUUUUAAAGUGGGUAUUCUUUUGUACUGGCUUACUUGAUUACAGUGAAGUCAUCUCAAUAAUGGUUGUUUAUUUUAAAAUCAACAACAAGGAGCCACCACUAAACAGCAGUAACAUAAACUAGAUGGGCUGGUGUGUGGAUUUUUAUCUUAUCCAUGUCUGGGUGACUUUCAAUGGUCUAGAAACUCCUCAAAGUUUCAGGCACAAGAACUGGAAGUUUCUGCUGAUAUGUGAAUGCUAGUUUUGUGUGCAUGCAGGAAGAGAUGUAGACUAAUUCCUCAAAAGCAUUUUUUGUUUCUUUCAAAGAAAACAAAAUCCUCUAUGGUAAAACAAAAACAAAACACAACUAUUAAAAAUAAUAAUAAUAAAGCAUUAGCAUCUACAAAAGACAGAAAA